AUGUUGGGUUUGAGAAGCUCUUUGAAAGGUUCUUUGAGAGCCUUGAACAGUCAGUCCAGACUAGUGUCGUCGUCUGCUAUCGCUGCUAAGUCAACCUACAGAACUCCCGAUUUCGGUGAUUACCUUAAGGAAAAGAACGAUGCUGACAAGAGCCGUUCUUACGCUUACUUCAUGGUCGGUUCUUUGGGUUUGCUCUCCUCUGCUGGUGCCAAGUCUACCGUUGAGACUUUCAUCACGUCGAUGUCCGCCUCUGCCGAUGUUUUGGCUAUGGCUAAGGUCGAAGUCAACCUCGCUGCCAUCCCAGAAGGUAAGAACGUCGUUGUUAAAUGGCAAGGUAAGCCUGUUUUCAUCAGACACAGAACAACUGGUGAAGUUGACGAGGCCAAUGGUGUUGACAUGUCUGCCUUGAAAGAUCCUCAAACAGACGCCGACAGAACAAAAAAUCCAGAAUGGCUAGUCAUGUUGGGUAUCUGUACCCAUUUGGGUUGUGUCCCAAUCGGUGAGUCCGGUGACUUUGGUGGUUGGUUCUGCCCUUGUCACGGGUCCCAUUACGAUAUCUCAGGUAGAAUCAGAAAGGGUCCAGCCCCAUUGAACUUGGAAAUUCCAGAAUACGAGUUUGACGGCGAAAAACUGAUCGUCGGUUAA